UGUGGGUAGGAGAACUAAAUCCAGUCCGGGUUUUGUCUGAACGGGGGACCGGAGGGCUGUGAGGAAUGGCUCCAGAAGAGGGGGGCGGUGGUGGAAAACACACCACACAAACAGCUCGCGCUCAGGGACGGCAGCGGUAGGCCCGGAGCGCGCGGGCGCAGCGGGCCGGGAGAGGCGCGCGCCGGCCCGGCCGCUGGCCGCAUGGAGCGCAGCGCGGCCCGCGGCUCCCGGGCGGCGGCGGCGGCGGAGGCGGCAGCGCGCCUCUCGCUCACACCCACCCCCGCCCGCGGCCGCCGCGCCGCCCCGCCGUAGCCGCCGGCCGCCGGCGUCCCCGCGGGCCGGUCCAGCGAAGGCGGCGCCCGCGUCUCUGCGGCCAGUGGCAGCUGCAAAGCCCAGAGAGGCGGCUCCUGCAGCCCCUCGCCGCUCCGCGACCCGGGCGCCUGCAGCCAAAGCUGCCGCCUGGGGAGGAAGAGGAGGAAGAGGAGGUGACAAACUCUCCGGCUCCGUGCCGCGGCCCGCAGCUCCGCGCUCAGGCAUGCAGGCGCGGCGUCUAGCCAAGCGCUCCAGCCUGGGCAGCCGCCGGGGGGGCGCCGCGCUGCAGCCGGCCGGGCCGGCGUCCGCACCCGCCCAGGAAGCAGCCUUGCACGGACUCCCACCCCUAGCCCCGGGCCCGGGCCCGGUCCCGGAUAACUGGAGGCCGCCGCUGCCGCCGCCGCGCAGCGCCGGGACCGGUCCCCCUCGGGCCACCGGAGCUGCCGCCUCGUCGCCCGUGCUGCUGCUUCUGGGGGAGGAAGACGAGGACGAGGAAGGCGGGAGCAGGCGGCGGCGGGGGCUCGGUAGGGUGGAGGAGAAGCCCCGAGGGGGCGCGGAGGAGGAGGAUGACGAUGAGGAAGACGAGGAUGAGGAGGUGGUCGUCGAGGUGGUGGACGGCGACGACGACGAGGAGGAUGGCGAGGAGCGUUUCGUGCCCCUCGGUUCCGGUCGUGCGGUCCCCAAGGGCCCGGCCCGGGGCGCGUUGAAGGUGGGGAGCAUUAAGCGGGAAAUGGCUUUCACAUUUCAAUCAGAGGACUUGAAACGUGACUCUAGUAAAAAAAUGUCUCAUCACUUGUUCCCCUUGGCCAUGGAAGAAGAUGUGAAAACAGCAGAUACCAAAAAAGCCAGCCGGGUCCUUGACCAUGAAAAAGAAAAUACUCGUUCCAUCUGUCUCCUUGAGCAGAAACGGAAAGUUGUUUCUUCCAAUAUUGAUGUCCCUCCGGCAAGGAAAUCUUCAGAGGAACUAGACAUGGACAAGGUGACAGCAGCAAUGGUACUAACCAGUUUGUCAACCAGCCCUUUGGUUCGAAGUCCUCCUGUGCGGCCAAAUGAGGGCCUCAGCGGAUCCUGGAAGGAGGGCGGGUGCGUGCCCUCCAGCACCAGCAGCAGCGGCUACUGGAGCUGGAGCGCCCCCAGCGACCAGUCCAACCCGUCCACGCCGUCGCCGCCGCUGUCCGCGGACAGCUUCAAGCCCUUCCGCAGCCCCGCGCAGCCGGACGAUGGCAUCGACGAGGCAGAGGCCAGCAACCUGCUCUUUGACGAGCCCAUUCCCAGGAAAAGAAAGAACUCCAUGAAGGUGAUGUUCAAAUGCCUGUGGAAGAACUGUGGCAAGGUGCUGAGCACUGCGGCAGGCAUCCAAAAACACAUCCGGACCAUUCAUCUUGGGCGUGUUGGAGACUCUGACUACAGUGAUGGAGAGGAGGACUUCUACUACACGGAGAUCAAGCUCAACACAGAUUCAGUGGCAGAUGGACUGAGCAGCCUGGCCCCAGUUUCACCCUCCCAGUCCCUGGCUUCACCUCCUACGUUCCCCAUUCCAGAUUCAAGCCGAACGGAAACUCCCUGUGCCAAAACCGACACUAAACUAAUGACACCAUUGAGCCGCUCAGCUCCCACCACCCUCUACCUCGUGCACACCGACCAUGCUUACCAGGCCACACCCCCCGUGACUAUUCCAGGAUCUGCCAAGUUCACCCCCAACGGCAGCAGCUUCAGCAUUUCUUGGCAAUCUCCUCCAGUCACUUUCACAGGCAUUCCAGUGUCACCAACACAUCAUCAUGCAGUGGGCACCGGAGAGCAGAGACAACAUGCCCACACGGUCCUGUCCUCCCCACCCAGAGGGACAGUCAGCCUAAGGAAGCCCAGGGGAGAGGGCAAAAAGUGCCGGAAGGUGUACGGCAUGGAGAACCGGGACAUGUGGUGCACCGCCUGUCGCUGGAAGAAGGCCUGCCAGAGGUUCAUCGACUGAGCCACAGAGGGUCGCCCUGAGCUGCUCCUGCCUCCCCUUGCGCUGCAGGCGCUAGGAAGAGCCUUUACUUCUGAACAAAACACUCCAGACCCAGGGAAAGCCUUUCUAGGAGUCUUUGUGGAGUUACAGCAGAAAGCAAAAAUCAAUCAAAAAUUUCACCAUCUGCACUGCUCUUCCCGAGAACCCAGCCUAGAGUGGCUACAACAUUUUUUUUUUCCCUUUCAAAAGAAAAGUCAACUUUGUUUGCCGUGUAUCUAGGUCUUAAAACUGUGGACUUCUUUGACAAUUGAACCAACCAAGCCCAUGCUAGGAGGCAUAUUUUGAUAAGCUUUCUGAAUUACGGCAUUUCUGAGAAUUUUUUUGACACUAGAAAAAAAACCCACAUUAGCUACACAUUAUGCGGUAGCAUUUGUACAAAGAACAAUACCCACUUUGUGAAUAGACUUUUCCCUGUUUUCCAUUGACUUCUUGAAGCAGUACACAUCAUGAUGUGUUGCAAGAAAGAACAGCACUCUGGGUAUCUUUUCUAUGUCUGUUUUGUUUGUUUUUAAGAAUGGCCCCAGAUGGCAUAAGCUCGAAAAGCAAUUGGCAAUGGAGUCACCAGCAGCCUGCAGUCCCAAGCUGAGUUUCAGGAAAUGCAGCUGCCACUGUUGGGAACCACCGAGGAGUCUUCCUUGGAUCUGUAAGGGACUCUUACCCAAGAGGCAGCACAGCUAAUUCUUCACCUGGCACAACUCAGACAAGAACUGGCAUCUGUAGCCAUCUGGGUAAGCCUUGAUGCUUUUUUCAGGGAUGUGAUACAGACUGCAGCUCAGAUCUGUUUGUAGCUGCUUGUCCAUCAAGACUGUAGCCAGGUUAAUGGGUCAUUGGUCCAUCCCUCAAAACUCCACCACUGACUGAUUCCAGAAAAAAACUAGGGAACUCCAGACUGUCCCAGUAGGUUUGCUUUAGACAGCAGAGCACAGCUGACAUGUCCCCAUCUUUUCAGAAAGUCAACUUCCAGUCUGAGUGCACUUUUCUAGGUUUUAUGCUUUAGUGUGUCUGGGAGAUGGGUUCAUGAACAAUAUAAAUAUUAUAUGGAUAAAUGGAAGGUCUGAACUUUUAUUUUUCUUAUUAAAAUAUUGGGCUAUUCAUUAAUUUGCUCAGAAGGGAACAUAUAGAACACCAAAAGGAAAAUGCAUGUUGGUAUAGGACUCUCUCAAGUUAGUAGGGCCAGGGUUUGCACUGUGUUCCAUUUGUUAGGAUUUCUAACCAGUUGUACUUGCUUCUUGUUUGUUUUGGUGUUAGUGGUGUGGGGAGCAGCUGCCAAGCCCUAUAAAUUAGCUCAUUCUCAGUUAUCUGCCCAACCUUCAAUUGCCCUACUAAAGAGAUAUUUCUCCUAUGCCUAUGCAAAGAAGAGCACCUUAUGGGAGGCACUGUGCAGGGGUGGGGACGUAGGAUCAGCCAUAGGAAUGUUAAAUGAAAUUGCACAGAGAAAAGCUUAAUAUAUGUUUAAAGACUGUACAUAUGCUUUUUUUAAAGAGUAGAAAGAAGUCACCUAGUAAUUACAGAUACCCUUUUCUAAUGUAAGCGAGGGAUAUAUAAGGAGGUUCUACAGUGAAACAUCCAUAAUUUGUGCAUUCAUGUAUUAUGGUAAAUUUAUUUUUUAAACUCUCAUAUGACUUUUUAAAAAUUAUUCCUUGGAAGAGAUCUUGGUCUUUUCCUUCAUUUAUUUUUUUAAAAAAAAAACCACUUAUUUCAACAGAAAAGGAAAAGAACAUCUAAUUUUACAUCAAGAUUACUAAUCAAUAUUAGCCACACCAGCUGUACUGUAUGUUUUGGAACUUACAAGGUCAAUCAGGAACAGGUGUUUUUUAAAAGGCAAAAAUUUAUUGGGUUUCCUCUCCCCUAGCAUGUCCCUUUUUCUCCUGAUAUCUUGUCACUUUGCCUAUAGCACCACUGCUGUGAGAUGCUGCUCUGGCCUGGUCCAGUCCCUAACCAAUGCGUAUAUCGCCCAGGUAUCCUAGAGGAGGCAAGGCUGGCGAAUUGUUUGAGCAGGUUCACUGUGAACUUAAAUGAAAGGGUGCAAUUGUGGCCCAGAGGUUUUUCUCUUCAGCAUAUCUCCCUGUCAUUUGAUUUUUGGAUUAAGUCACAAAAACUUAAAGUGAUUUGUGUUAAAUUCAUUCCCUUCCGAGAAUUUAGAACACAGGAGGGAGAGAUCUUUGCUGUGGAGUAGUCCUGGAAAAAGGGCCCUGUGGCUGUCACCCCAAAAGAUACAACACAUGAGUAGUUCUGAGCUCAGGCCCAGCUAUGCCAAGCUCAGUCCUUGCCUGGUUUUCAGUCAGUGCACAGGUGUAAGCAGAACCUUUCUUCUGAAGCCUUCUUCACACACAUCUUCUGCAUCUCCUGCCCAAGUGGGGUCACUUUUCUGCUGACCAGUCCAGAGCUCUGUGUACUUUCCUUUCUGGCUUCCAGAUGCGGACGGACCCCCAGUACCUUCCUGCUCACAGAUACCCGUUCCCUGCACCAAGGCAUGUAAUAACUAGGAGACACCAACCUACACCUGGCUGGCCUUGAAGAAGACAUUAUACUUUUUACAAGCUCUGAAUUGCAAUAUACAGCUGCUGAUUGUACAAGUUAAAUUUUUUAAAAUAGUUAUUUUGUUAUUUUUGGAACCAAAUGAAGUGCCAAAUUAAGCCAGACUUUCAUUUCACACCAUCUCUGUGGAACCAAGUUCUUUUUUGUCUGCACUUGGCAGGGAGAAGGGUGAGAAGAGCAGUCCCAGGGCAAGCUGGCUGCUAAACUGGAGUCUUGUCCACCCCAGGGAGCUCAGAUGCCUGUCAGGGCAAAAGGAGUGGCAAUACAAUGGAUUCUGGUCCAGUGAAAAUUUCUGAAAUUUUUUCCCUUCUUUGAUGCCCCUUCCUUUUAAAAAGUUUUCUCAUUUCUCUGCAAAGAAGGCAUUUGAUAUUCACCAACAGGGCACUCACCAUCUAGCUGCAAGGCAAAAAGUAUGUGUCAGACAAUAGCCUCAAGACUUAGUUCUUCCCAGAGUAUGUACACUCAACUUGUAGGAGGCAGUGACACAACUUGGAGAAAACACCCAAAUAGCAAGUGUGUCAGAGAGGAAGAUGCAAGAGGCCUGUGGACACCUGGCUCCUGCUUAUCUUCUUGGGGCUAAUCAACCAAUGGUGACUGUCUCUGAGCAUUGCCCAGGGAUGCAGGGCUGCUGAGCAUCUCUAGGAGGGUUGAACUCCUCUCCAUCUCGCUUGCAGGAAAGUUUCCUCUCUUGGUUGGCAAAAGCCAGUGUCAGGAAGAGAGCGGUGGGUUUCCGACCAGGAAUGUGCAUGCUCAGCUAAAAAAUGCCUGUCAGCAGCUCCUCAUAAAAACAAGGUGCCCUUCGGUGGACAAUUCCCUGCCCAGUCAUAAUCAUAUUGCAGAUGGAAAUUUGCAGUAGAGAAUGAUGCCUGUUAUAGUUCUUCAAUUUUCAAAAAAAAACUUUUCAGAGGUGGUCACAUGUAUGCUGCAAAAAAAAUUUCUGAAGCUGAAAUGUCCUCCACUAAAUGUCAAGAGCAUUCUAGUUGAAGUCCUCUGUCUCUGAUGUCACACUGCCCACACAUUUGCAAGCAGCCAUGGGUUCUGAGUUAGCCGGCACUGCUGAAUUCCAUUUUUCCCUUCCCCAGAUUCCUUUGGAAAAUGACAUGCAGCAUUCACUUGAGAAGGUUUGGGGAAAAGUGGCAAAAAUUGUACAUAAUGAGAAUACCUUUAGAAUUGUAGCAGAAUACUGUAAAUAAUAUUCAUUUCCUCAGGGAAACAAAGAGUAUGUGAAAAUAGGUCUGGAGAAUUCUGAAACUAGGAAGAAUUUUAAAGUCUUCUAGUCAGAAUAGUUUUUUUUUUUUUUUUUUUUUCCUUUUCAUGUGAACACAAUAUCAUUUCAAGACAAACUUAUGUGACCUGGACAGUACCAACUUUUGUAGAUGUGGGGAAAAGCCCCAUGAAGAAGCUCUUUGUAGCUGACCUGCAGUCCAAGGCUGACAUUUGAACCACAGGCAUGGUGCCUGGUGGGUACUUAUAGACUCAGUGAGGCUUUUUGAAUGUAAUUGUGAAUACAAAGCCUUGCCAUUUCUUUACAUAAUCACCCGGUUUGGUGACUUAAUUAGCGAUCAGCAGAAUUCUGUAGGUGAAAGAAAGCCCCUAAAGAGGUGCAUUUUGCUUUACUAGCAUGUUAAGGAGCAAACUGCCGUGGACUUUAUGGACAAGGUGCUGUCUUUUCUCACAACCUUGUAGGAUUUCUACCAACCACAUCAGCUGUAGCAUUGGCCUGUGUGAACACAGGGAAGAAUUUGUGCACACUAAUGAGUGGAAACAGCAGGAUUCAUGAAUAUGAAUGAGAAUAAGGAUCAUUUUGGAGAAUGUGCUGGGCACGUGGGUCAACUGGAAAUUUCAUUUUUCUAAGCAAGAAACCCUACCAGCAGCACACAGACUCGCCCUGUUCCUCCUACCUGUGGGGAUUGCUCUACCUAGAAACUGUUUCAUUCUGUCUUUUAAAAUGUAGCUAGCCAAGCCUGAAAUCAGUAAAUGAGAGUAGCACUUUUAGAUAUCAAUUGUAUCUCUGAGUAAUGUACACCAAUAGAGCAAGAAAGCAUCAAAUGUAUUUAAGACCACCGUCUUAUGACUGACUUUGAAAAAGCCCAUAUCCAAUUAUAUACAUGCUUUAAAAGGUGUAUCUCUCAUAGGACCAGGAAUGAAUACGGGAAUUGUACUUCCAGUCCUAUUUUGUAAAUAGUUCCUUUUAUUUUUUUUUUUAAGACAAUCUCAUGUUUUAUAACUUUUGUUGUGUGGGUCUGAGAAUCACAUGGUAACAUGUUGUGGCAAGAUGUAAUCUUAAAUACAAUAAUAAUCAUAAUUUUCCAAAUGAAACAAGAAAUAUACUUCUUAGACGUCUACAAUUCUAAGACAUGACACUUUUAUAAUAAGCAUUAGUACUGAUUUCCUCAAGUUAACAGAACUGGAAAUAUUUUACAAGAUGCAGUGUUUUUGUAAUCACGAAGAACAUGAACAUUUUGUGGGAAAUGACCUUGGUUUUAUACAUUGUAGCUUAUUUUUUAAAAUACAGUAUUUUACCAGACAGGAAGUGUUCAUAUGAUACACAAUUCCUGUUUACUGAACAAAGGGCUAUGCCUCUUUUAAGCAAGUGUUUUGAUGCAUAUCUUUUCAAUUAACCCUCUGCAGCAAGGGUAGAAAUGCAGAUCAGAUGGAAUGGUUAUUUACAAAGAGAAUCAAGAUCAUAACACCUACUCCUUUAUCAUUACCAGAAUGUUUUCAAAGUACUAAGGAAAAAAGACACUUGAAAAAUCAUCACACGCAUUUUAAAUUUAAAAAAAAAAAAAAGGUUGGCAGAUAUGCUUAUAGGUCAUGGGAGAGAGAGUCUUGUCAAUUCUUUAGUGUAAAAAGAUGGAUUCUGUCAUGAAACACAUUUUCCACUCAACCUACCAGAACCACAAACCUGUGUUUACUUAACAAAUAUCAUUUGGUGGAAAUUUCUAAAAUCAUAGUAUGUACAUCCAAACGGAAUUCUUAGAUGAGUAGUGUUUUAAAAUAAUGCCAUCCUCAGCACUAACUUUAAUUUCCUUAUCAGAGCAAGUGCUUGAUUUUUCACUGUGAAGAACUCACAGGCGCACACACACAAAAAGUGACUGUUCCCAUGAGUCAGGAAAUGAGGAAGGGAGCCGCGGAGAGUUUAUUAACUGCACAAAUGACUGUGAGCUUUGCCAAAACCAUCUCAUAAUACUGUACACUUUUUUCAAGCCCACUCACUGUUAUGAGAAAGCAUCUUUUCUAAGAUUGUAGUAAUCCAAAAGUUAGCCUAAUUAGCCAAGUAUACAGAUAAGAAAAACUGAGAUCAAAUAGCCCCAUGCCCCCUGGGCAGCUCCUAUGACGUGGUCAAAAGGUCAUUCAGCACCUGGUUUCAAACAGAUGUUGGACUCUGCAGACAUGAGGACUAAAAUGCAUGCAUGCACAUACAGCCAUGGCUCCCAGUCUUUGAGAUGAGGCAACCUAGAAAACUCCAUCAUCAUUCCCUCCAUAUGUCCCCACUGUUAGCUCAGGCCCCCAAGAAGAAGCUGUAUAGUUUAGAACCAAUGACAUUUCAUCUUUAAAUGGAAGCUUCCUAAUGUGCACAACAGGGGUUGUAGUUGCCAGGCAAGGUCUGUGUAAAUGAUCAGUGCAGACCAGGCAAAAGAGGGACACUGCAAAAUGGCAGCAGUCAUUUUGAACUGAAGAGCACACACCCCCUUAGAAGACCCACACUCAGCUCUAGACAAUCGGACAGAAUUCAGACCCAGGGCUGCUGGAUCUCCUCACCUGGAAAUGUGAUAUUCCCUGACAUUCAAGCUUUGACAACCAAUGCAGAUUUUCAGCCAACACUGUGCAGACCAAAGACAAGCUAUCUGUGGGCAGAUGCAGCCUGAGGCUGCCAGAUUAAACUGUUGGGGAAAAUAGAUUUCACAUUCCAUGGCUAUCAGGUCAGGUUCUUCCAUCAGUCCCACAAAUUCAUGUGUUGGCACUAUCUGGGCAAUUAAAAUUAAAAAGGGGCAAGAAGUCAUUUCUCCCCAGAAAUUAUCCUCAUGGAAGACUUAAAAUAGAAAUGUCAUAUCCUUAGACUAGCCUUGUCUCUGAUCAAAAGGUACUGGGUCAUUAUCUAGCUCUGGUGAGAGCUCCCUCUGGCACAACCAGGCCAUGCCCUGAAGUACUGAAUAACUGUAAUCCUGAUUCUUACUGUUUUUACUACCGUGACCACUGUGACAUGAGGGGCUGGCAAAGAGCAGCCUGCGCCUUAAGAAGGCAGCCAGGAGCCCCUAAAGUUUUAAGGUAGCACACGUUGCCUCCUUGUGCCAAAGCCCUCUGCCAGCCUCUCCACACUUCCUCCCAAACCAUCCUGCCUCAUUCCUGUGUAAAAUUACUGUUAUUUUUCACCUCUGAUAUGGCAAAGUCCUUGCUUCAGAAUUGGUAGGCACUUAGGUAUUUCAAAGUAUCUCCUCACCUCAACAGGGGGUUUCCACCUAAAGAACCACAGCUGCUUUGAGAGUAAAAUCAAAUUGAAAAUAAUGAGCCAUGGUGGCACACACCUGUACUCCCAGCAGCUUGGGAGGCUGAGGCAAGAGGAUCACGAGUUCAAAGCCAGCCUCAGCAAAAGCGAGGCACUAAGCAACUCAGACCCUGUCUCUAAAUAAAAUACAAAAUAGGGUCGCAGAUGUGGCUCAGUGGUGAAGUACCCCUGAGUUCAAUCCCCGGUUGCCCUCUAAAAAGACAGAAUAAUGUGAGGAAAAAAAAAAAAAGA